GCCAAUUUUGCUCGACGCAUCUUCCAUUUGUCCCUUUUCGGACUAGCGUGUUUCCCCAAUCCUGAGCCGAACGGCUACCUUCGGUGCUUGCACGCUUCGACAAACAUUCGCCGGCUUAUGCAUCGUCACCCACAAGUCUCGAUCAUGUUUCUUCCUCCAAUUCCUCCUGAUCUGACAUGAAGUACGCCAUGUCGAGAGAAGCCGCACGUCUCUUUUAUCGCUGUACACUCGCAAACAGAGCACCAAUCGCAACAUGCCGUCAUUUUAGGAACGCGGAGCUUCCGAGACGGCAGCAGGGGAGAGGCUUCAAUCAGACCGCUCUUUUGAAGGUUGUGAAGCCGUAUCUCCUGGCUGACAUUGGGGAAGGCAUUACGGAAUGCCAGGUCAUUCAGUGGUUUGUCAAGCCCGGGGCGCGCGUGGAGCAAUUCGAUCCAAUUUGCGAAGUACAGUCGGAUAAGGCUUCGGUUGAGAUCACAUCGCGGUUUGAUGGCGUAAUCAAGAAGCUCUACUACGAGCCGGACGACAUGGCCAAGGUCGGAAAGCCCCUAGUGGACAUCGACAUCCAGAGUGAAAUCUCCCCAGCCGACGAAGCGCUCCUCAACGGCGCAUCCGAGAAGGCAGCAGACAAGGAGACACCCAAACAAGAGACACAGGAAGAGCAGGGAUUGGAGGUGGGCAGAAAUGAUACUAAGGCAGCUACUGUGGACACUCCUCUACCACCACAGCCAGCCCAAUCCCUCCCUCCAGAACGGCCUAAAGAGGAAUUCAAACCUCAAAGGACACUCGGGAAGCAUGCCUCGUUAGCUACUCCUGCCGUCAGACACAUGAUUAAGGAGUUGAACCUGAAGAUCGAGGAUAUAGAAGGCACAGGCAAAGACGGUCGCGUGCUAAAGGAAGACGUACAGCGGCACGCAGAAUCGGCGAACACAAGCACCGGUGCAACCGAACCCUCCCCUGCGCCUUCAUCUGCGCCGAUACAGCAAGUGGAAGACCAUGUCCGACCGCUGACACCUGUACAAGCCGGCAUGUACAAGCAGAUGACGCGCUCGCUGUCGAUACCGCACUUCCUUUACACCGACAACGUCGACUUCACCUCUCUCAACGCCCUACGCAAGAAGUUCAACGCCCACAAAGAGAAAUCGCAUCGCAUAACGCCACUACCCUUCAUCGUCAAAGCCGUCUCGUUAGCACUCCAGCAAUACCCGCUAUUAAACGCACAUCUGGACACAACGACCAACCCCGAGAAGCCUCAAAUACUAGUAAAGGGCUCGCAUAACAUAGGCAUCGCAAUCGACUCUCCUACCGGCCUCCUUGUCCCGGUAGUGAAGAACGUACAGUCCCAUUCGAUCGAAUCCCUGGCGGUGGAAAUUGUUCGUCUUAGUAACCUAGCCCGAGCCGGAAAACUCGCUUCGUCCGACUUGAGCGGCGCGACGUUUACACUGAGCAACAUUGGGAGCAUCGGAGGAACAGCGGUAGCGCCCGUGAUUGUUAGUCCGCAGGUAGGUAUCCUGGGAAUAGGGAGAGCAAGGAUGGUUCCCGCAUUUGGGGAGAAUGGGGAGCUGGUUAAGAAAGAGGAGUGUGUGUUUAGCUGGAGCGCGGAUCACCGGGUCAUCGAUGGUGCGAUGGCUGCUAGGUGCGCCGAGGCCGUCCGGGGAUAUCUAGAGAACGUUGAGAGCAUGCUCGUUAGACUUCGAUGAGGCCUUCCACAGGGCGAAACAAAAUAUGAAUACGCUUAUCCUCUGGUUUGGUAAUUCAC